AUGGCGAACUGGCAGCAGUAUAAUCCCUUUGGGAAAAGGGACUCUCACUCCAACAAUACGAUCCUCACCUACAAGAUUCUCACCCUUAUCACUUGGGUCCUGUCCCUUGUCGUCACCGUUUACUAUACCCUUCAUCGUCCCGACGAUGGCCACACUCGAAACCGAAAGAUCUGGGAACAGAACCACAUGUACCGCACUGCUUUCACUUUGAACCCAAUCAUCACCUCCAUCUACUGGAUUGUCCUCUUCAUCCUCCAGGCUGGUUACAUCGGACAUCUCUUCUCGAGCAACUCUGACAUCGUUCACGCUGCUGCCAGCGUCGGAAGCCAUUUCAUCUUCAACAACCUCUUCCACUUCGCCUUUGUCAUGCUCUUUGUCCGCUCUCACUUCCACUGGGCCGAGGUUAUUCUGAUUCUCAACUUCAUCAAUCUUUCCUCGCUCUACUUCCGCCACAACACCUACCCCCGAUUUAUCCAUACGCCCGUUGUUUCUGGACCUCUGGCCUGGACUUUUGUUGCCAUUUACUGGAACGGUGCUCUGAUGAUUCCCCACCCUCACCACCUUGUCCCUCGUAUCUUUGGAAACAUCUUCAUCUGGUCCAUCCUCGCCUAUGGACUCUUCUUCAUCAUGGUUUACAAGGAUUACACAAUGGGUUUCUCGCUCAGCGUCUUUGCUGCCGCUAUUGGAGUUUCCCAGUUCCUUCAUCAGGUGAUUGCCUUCCAAUGGAUCUUUGCCUUUAUCAUCAUGGCUCUUCUCUUUAUCGCCACUGUCGUCGUCGCUGUCCCUGCUGCAACAGGUAGAGAGGUCAAUUGGCGCAGUGCACCUGCUGACCAGGAACGUGCUCCCCUGCUUGCUGAGUAA